AUGGCGGUCGGAGGAGUGCUUUUUCAGUGUUUCAUCAUAUUGAGUUGGUAUGUCUUUUGCUGUUUUUCUAAUGAUCUUUUAUACGAACACGAUGAAAUGAUCCGCCAUGUUCCUUUGGAUUCGCCUCACGACAUACGAAAACGUAGUAUAGAUCAGCCGCUACGGAUUUCGCUGGAUUUUCUCGACAUCAGCAGAUUAGAAGACCAAAACAGCGUAAAAGCCGUUUUAAACAAAGCAACCGAAUACUUCAGUGAAACGUUGAAAGUUCGAAAGACGGUAUCAAAGAUCCUACUUCAGAGGAAAUGUGCAAAUAAUCGCUUUUACUUAAAAAAUAUAGAAGGAACAGGGCCUGGAGCAAUUCGCUUUUGCCAAGAAGCGUGCAAUGCCACGAGGAUAUUGUGUGGUCCAAGCGAAAUUCCUGAACACGAUAUAGACCAGUGUAGAGUUUGCGAUAAGAACGGGCGAAACUGUCGUAAUGAUACAAAACCAUUGGGCGAAGGACGUAAUAAUACGGAUUUUAUACUCUACGUCACUGCAGUUCCAGAUGGAAAUUGUAACCAUAUUAAAACUUUGGCUUAUGCUGCAGCAUGCCAGCAAGAGAGUGCCCUAGAUCGCCCUGUUGUCGGGUUUAUCAAUAUUUGCCCUAAAAAGGUCACGACUAGUGAACUUAAAACAAGCUACACUGAGGUUCUUGCUACAAUAAAGCACGAAAUAUUUCAUGCUCUUGGGUUUUCACCUUCUUUGUAUGCAUUCUUUCGGAAUGAAAGCGGCGAUUCAUUCACUCCACGAUUAGAGACCGGCCUGCCAUAUUUUGAUAACGAUCACAAACUUUAUAUCUGGAGUGAGAAGGUAAGAAUCUGAAGUCGUAAUGAAUAUUAGCUCUUCAUGAUAUUUUAGCUAGUAUUUGAAUAGACAUUCUGUGAAUUCAAAACAUCUUAAGAAUAGCGUGACCUGAUAUGGGAACAACUUUGUUGUUUUGAUAUUCCAAAGGUGUGAGUUCAUUAUUAUCAUGUAGUCUGCAAAUAUAGGUGUAAUAAUAUUAUGAGAGGAAUGUUAGAGUGAUUUUUGUACCACCUUGAGAUAAAAACGCUGCAUGAACAAAACAGAAACAACAAACAAACACAAAUAGAGUGAUUUGAUUGGUUUAUGGAAUGGAUACAAAUGCACAUGGGUUUUGGUUGGUUAAGCAAAUGAGGGGGUAUGCCAGAAUUUGAGUGACAGGGGUGAUUGAAGGAUUUCUGGAGGGUUGAAAUUUUCGAUUUUGGGAUUUGGUAGGAAAAUUUUAGCAAGUAUUUUUUUCGGUAUUCAAUGCUAAUGUUUCUGUUUUUCGUGUUAUAUCAUUUAAUGCUUUCUGGAAAUUUUUAUGGCUUGGGAAUUUGGCAUGGGUGUUUUUGGGGUUAAAUUUUGGUCCAGGGAUUUUUUUGGGUUUUGUUGGAAGCGCUAGGGAUUUGGUUGGGUUUUGAUUUUUUGCCCCCAUUCGAUCAUUCCUGUCACUGGAAAUCUGGAGUCGCCCCCUGGGGUUCCCUAUUCCUGUCCUACACUUACCCAGCUGGCCUUUUAAUAAACUGUGUAUAUAACUGUUCAUUCAAAACAUUUCUCUGUUUCUGAUUGGCUCAAACGUCUCAGCUUCAUUCUUCAUAACCAGCUAACACUGACCAAACUUGAAAGGCAUAUUAUUAAUGUUGCAAUAUCCAAUAAAAUGAUGUCAAAGGUGCUAAGUAAUUGCACAAAAAGGUAUGNCUGUUUCUGAUUGGCUCAAACGUCUCAGCUUCAUUCUUCAUAACCAGCUAACACUGACCAAACUUGAAAGGCAUAUUAUUAAUGUUGCAAUAUCCAAUAAAAUGAUGUCAAAGGUGCUAAGUAAUUGCACAGAAAGGUAUGACAACUGAGAAGUCUGGGGAACUGGGUUGCAUUUGCUGAGGUAUUUCAGCCACAGAAAAUGGCAGAAAAUUUUAUGACGAAAAAAUAGCCAAACUUCUACCUAGAAACAUGCACUGAACAAGAUCUACAAAAAUACGACUCAAUGGUUUUGAAAACUGCUAUUUAAGGGAUAUCUACUAUUAAGACUAGACAUCUCUUUAGAUCCUGAUUUGUUGAGGAACUGGCAAAUGAAGAUGAGAACUUAACAUUAAUUAAGGUUAAAAUGUUUUAGUUAGUUUUAAGACUAUAUAUUAUUUUGAAUGAAUGAUAAAACAAUUAUUGAAUUUGGCUUUUGUAUGGAUAAUUAUGCAGGUCCUACUCAGUCUCAUUCAGCGAUUGAUAAUUAUAGAUAAAUAUUAUUGUAAUGCCUGAAAAACAGUGUGGAAUAUAUGAAUUGUGUUGUUGUUGAGACCUGAACAUUUUAAACAGUCUGUUCAGGUGUCUAGUUACUAGUUCAACACCCUUAACAGAUUUGGGUGCAUGGUCAUAAAUGAUGUUGCAAUAACUUAAUAAUUUAUGGUCAUUUAUAUUGGCACUUCUGUCACAGGUUGUAAAGGAAGUAAGAAGAGAAAACUGGCUCACAUCCUCUGGCACAAUAAACCACACUGUUCAUUUGUUGGUCACACCCAAAGUCAAGGAAGAAGCACGCCAACAUUUCAAUUGUAAUACUCUAGAAGGUGCUGAGCUUGAAAAUCAAGGAGGAAAGGGAACUGCAUUGGCACAUUUGGAAAAGCGACUUUUUGAAAAUGAAGGAAUGACUGGUAUUUUCACUCACAACUCUGUUUUCUCUAGGCUGACGUUAGCCGUGAUGGAGGACACAGGGUGGUAUAAAGUGAAUUACCAGAUGGCAGAACCUUUACAAUGGGGUAAAAACUUGGGUUGCCUGUUUGCCAAGAACAGUUGUGGUGCAUGGAUGAAAGCACAAAGUGAUGCUGGUAAAUCUGUUGCUCCUUUUUGCAAUCAAUUAAGGGGUAGUUCUGGAGGGAGGACCAGUUGUUCUGUUGAUCGGACAGCUGUUGCAAAGUGCAACUUAGUUCAAUAUAAGGAACGCCUCCCACAAGAGUAUCAGAAUUUUUUUAAAGGUUCUCUUCCUGGGGUUUUGGGAUUAGAGGCGAAGUAUGGUGGGAGCAUCGCUUUGGCAGAUUAUUGUCCCUUUUACCAAGGUUUUACAUGGACGAAAAACAACAAAGAUAUAAGGUCUUCAUCAUGUGUUUCACAUCACAACAAUUUGGAGCAAGGUAAAAACUAUGCUUUAGAAACUUAUGGUAUUACAUCCACCUGUUUUGAACAAACUGUUAAGUGGACAAAAAAGAAAUGUGGUGUUCAUUGGACGGCAUCGAACUGGGGAAGCGGCUGCUAUAAUUAUGCAUGUGAGCAGGACUCACUUAAGAUCAUAAUUUCAGGAUAUAAAUUUCAAUGCUUUCACAAGGGUCAACAUAUUAAUGUUGCCCUUCAGUAUCAAGGUUGGUAUUAUCAAGGGGUUUUAGUCUGCCCAUCUUGUCAGGAAGUGUGUUCUGGUAGUACCAUCAGAUGCCCCCCAGAAGUGAUACCUGCACCGGAAAAUUCUCAACCAUUACCUAAAGUACUGACUUGUUCUCGAAGUUCAGUCCUGUUGACAAAGAAUUCUAGUCAUCUAAUGAUGCUGCUAGUUGCGUACAAAUUUGCAGUAAUUCUUGCGUUGUUUAGUUAGCUGUUGUUGUCUAAUUUAUUUAAUAUAUAUACUUUUUUUAUGACAAGAGACUGGUCUGUUUCAAGGUUCUUGCGCACCCCAGUCUGACAAUUACAACACUUUUCUUAUUUGCAUUUUUGUCAUUUAAAAGUGACCCUGGGUAGCAAUUUUUAUAGCUUGAGAAAACAGCUGACAUUGCACAACGCUAUCACUGGUUUC